GCUUCCCUUUAUUAUUUUUCUCUAUUUUUGAAACUUUAGUAUUUUUUUUUUUACCAAUGGCUUCAAUGUCUUCACAUGGAUCUGGUUCAUGGACUGCAAAGCAAAACAAGGCCUUUGAGAAGGCAUUGGCAGUUUAUGAUCAAGACACACCUGACCGAUGGCUCAAUGUUGCAAAAGCUGUUGGUGGAAAAACUGCUGAGGAGGUUAAAAUGCAUUAUGCACUUCUUGUUGAGGAUGUUAAGUUUAUUGAGUCUGGCCAAGUUCCUUUCCCUUAUCGAAGCUCAAGAGGCGGAAACUAAGGAUGAAGAACAUGAAGCUCCACCAUUGAGAUUGAUGGUGAAGUAAUGGAAGAAUAAAAGAAAGGAAAGAAGAAUGAACCUUUUGCUCUAAAAUAUUGUGUUUUUUUUUCAAUGAUAUCUAAUGUUAUUAAUUUAUGUUAAGCUUUAAGUUAUUGGUUAAUUCCCUGUAUUAUUGUACAUCAACCUUUGAUUUUGGGAGGAUCAAAAAAUUCAAAAAGAAUUAUAUUCCUUCCUUUUUCUUGAGGUUAAUGAAUCUAUAAGUCUUUUAUAUUGAAAUAUAAUUGCAAUAUAUGGUUAAAUUUUUACCUUCUCA